CGUCCCACCAGGUCCCUCCUCCGCAGAGGGGGGCGGGCAUGGGCUCUUCGGAUGCUGCUGUUGAGGAAAUUCAAAGCAAGAGCUCUCUUUGAUGAGAAGCCUGUUGAGGAGGUGCCGGCUGUCCAGUCCUGCAUGGUCACUCUGUAUGCGGGCUUGGGGGGGGCCCCUGUCAGUACGAAGCUUUGGUCAGAAGUGAUGUUACAAGCUCCCAGGGUCAUCCUGCUCCUGUCCUGGGCUGGCCUGGGCCGAAGCUGCCACGCAGUCUGGUCAGUGCUGCAGGCCUCGGGGAGCUCGUGUGUGGUCCCUUUUGGCGGAGUCCAGUGUGAUACUGGAGAGAAGGAGGAUUCCGUGGACUGGAGAGGGGCAGCCUUUGCCCUGCGUCCCGUCGCAUGGGUGGGAUGUAGGAGUUGGUGUGGACUUGAACCAUCGGUCAGUAAGGCCUGGGUGUCAGCCCGUAAACACCAAGUGGACAGCUCGCGUCCGGGCCGCCGCGAGCCCAGCACCAAUGUCCCCAGGUAGAGGCCUCACCUAUAUUGGACACCAGAAGCUCAGACCCCACCUUCCCCUGCCAGUGACCACAUUGGCCCAAGACUCGCCAGCCCUGUGGGUGUGCAGCGCACGAGACCCGGGGCUCGGAGGAAGGAGAGGCUCUGGCCUUUUGCCCUGGGGUCCCGUGGCCGCAGGACCAAACCAGAGGCUGGGACCCCGCCUGCCCUCUGGCCCUUGGGCUUGGUCCCCUCCGCUCCCCUCCCAGCACCCCUGCAGCUCUGAGUCUGGAUGGAGGGCGGGGCGGGGGGGGGGGGGGAGAGAAGGUGGGUCUGGGCCUCGGCACCAUCCCUUUGCAGAGGUGACGGGUUCCCACAGUGGUCUGGGGCCCCACACUGGUGCGGGCGGGCUCACUGUGUUUGUUAUGCGUUCGCUGCUAUUUUUAGUCUCCAGCUCUUUUAACAGAUAAUGAGCGGCCUAAAUAGCUUCAGAGAUUUCACAUCAAAGCUGCUCUGGAUCCGGCACCAGGGCCAGACCCUCCAGGAGCCCCUCCCCAGCCCGUGCUGCCCUGGGAGAGGGGAGCUGCGCAGCCCACCCGCCCCCUUAGUUUCUGCUUUUGGCACCAGCCCUAAUUUACUUAGAGUGACAUUCCAGAGGUUUCCACCUGCCCGGCCCACAGAGCUCUUAGCCUCCAGGCCACGGACCCAGUGUGGGGGCUGUUCCAGUGCCCUGGCCUGUCCCCUGACUGGGGGGCUGCAGUGAUGAGUACAGCCAGCCCGUCAUGGGUCCUGGGGGCGGGGGGCGACGGACUCAGAUAAGGGACCCAGCAGAGGAGCUGCCUCCCCAGGCUGCCCCCUUCUAUAAACCCAGGACCCCGUGUCCACCCCGGGUCUGCAGAGGAUGCUCCACCCCCGGUGACUGGCGUCCUCGGCCACGGAGGGACACCGCUCUGCUGGGUGUGUGGCCCAUGCCCCCCUCCCUGCCUGCUCCCAGACUGUGGGCGUUGCCUGCUCCCCGAGCCUGGGGUCCUGGCCGCGGUGUUCAUGGAUUUGUUUUUGUGCCCUAGUGACUCGUCCCCGUUCCUUCCAGCAACUGCUGUGUGUUUCUUGCGGCAACUUGGGGGUGGUUUCUGUGGUUCCCAUGUAGGAUGGUCUGAGAAGUCUUCCGUGUCUCCCUGACAAGGGGGCCCCUUCCAAGGCUGGCCACACCCUCAGGCAGCGUGGCCUCGGGCAGCGAGGCCUGUGUUCUCGGCUCCAGCGCAGAAAACGGCCUGGCCGGUAGAGCACACGACUCUUGAUCUCAGGGUUGCGAGUUCGAGCCCCACGUUGGGUGUAGAGAUUACUUUGAAAAAAUAAAAUCUUUAAAAAGAAAAAAAAGGAAAAGAAAACAGGCUUGAAUUCUGUUUCCGCCUCAUUUCUGGCAGAUGCCCAUUUGUGGGAAAUAAAUACUCGCUCAUCCCACCCCUCCAGUGCCUGUGGCCGAGUCUGGGGGCCUUUCUGAGGGGUGGGGUCCAGCUCAGCUGCCCUGGUCACCUGCCUGGGGCCCCUGAAACAAAGGCCCUAGUCCGGGUCCCCCCAGGGUAGAUCCAUCAGGCCGUACAGGGCGCUAGAGUGGCGGGGGGUCCCUGCUCAGCCUGCCCUUCCUGGCCCAGCUGCCAUGGGGCCAAGUCCACUCACUCUGGGGUCUCCCUCAGAGACCUUCUGGGACCCCACCCCAUUCCCUGCAGCCUGUAGGGUGACCACUGGGGCCUCAGGCCUAUGUCCCCGGAUCUGCAGAGGGUCCUGGGAGAUGCACCCCACCCAGGACUGUGGGGCUGAGAACUCUGGGCCAGGAGGGACCCUCUGUCCCAUCACUAAAGCUAGCUUGGACCCCCAGCAGAUGUGGGCAGACCCCAGAGGUUGCCGUGGGUACUGCCAGGAGCAGCCUGGGCUGGGCCUCCCGGUCUUGGUGACAAGCUGCUGGGACAGGCAGGCCGGAAGGAGAGUGUCUCGGCCACCAGGAGGGCAGAGCAAAGACGCACACACACGGUCUGGUGUUGGUGUCCAGCCGAGCCCUGUGGCCCAUGCACUCAGGCUGGGAGCGUCUCCUGGGCAGUGAGGAAGGCCCGGACAGGGUCUCCUCCCAAACAAAUCCUGCUGGGUGGGGCCCCUUGGGGAGGAAGACCCCCUCCCCCCACCUGGAGCAUCGGGAGGCUUGAUUCUGCCUGGCUGCGGGGGAGGGGGGCGCCACGGGGACCCCCAGAGGUGGCCAGAGGUGUGGCCACGGCCCAGCUCAACCCAGCCGCGCAGAAGCGCUGAGAGCGUCCGCGGGCUCGUAGCUGGCUCAGCCAGGGUUGUUGAUUGCACUGGUCAGGGUGGGACAAGGGUGUCCCCAGGUCAGUUUGCUCGGAGGUGGAGAGGCAGGGCUGUCUCUGGGAGGAACACUUGUCCAGACCCAGCUCACUGGUGGCCCUCUGGGUAGGCACCUCAGUGCGGGGGGUGGGGGGGUGCGUCUUGGAGGCUGGUCCACGUUGUACACGUGUUAUUAGGGCGGACAAUGCCCACAGUGCGGACAAACACCUUUUUCUCUUCCGUCGGUGGGGGAGUCGGGCUGUUUGGCUCUGUGUCCCCCACUGAGGAGCCAUCAGCCUCUCCACGGCCCCUGUGCCCUUUGGUCUGGACACGGGCUUCUUGCCAGGGCACAGUGCGCUCAUGUGCCAUCCGCUAGUUGGGCGCACACCUUGCUGACCACCAAUGUGAGGGCAGGACAGAGGCCCUUCUUGGGGCUCGGGGGGCCUCUGGGUCAUGUCCUGCAGGGAUGGAGUUGACCUGGGUGGUGUGAGCCCUUCCAGAGAGGCAGCGCCCCUGGCAGAGCCUGGCUGGUGAGCAUUCCCUGUCGGAAAAGGCCUGGGAAGGAAGGACAGGAAGGUCCUGCGUCACCUUGGACGUCCUGCGGUGACCCUUGGACAGCAGGAGGGCUCCGGUGCUGAGCCCCCAGGCUCUGCUGCACCCUUCAUACACGCAGGCCUUCGGGGCACCGUCAGAGCAGAGCGUGGGCGACGCCCCGGCUCUUUUCCAGCUCAGGUGCAGCCCAGACACCGGUCUCAGAAACAGAGGGACUGUCGUCCACCCCUGCUGCCGUGGUCCCAAGGACUUCUACCAGGAAGGCCCCCCCAGCUCAGCUCUCAGCAAGCUGUGCCCUGGAGCUGGGGGGGCUGUCCUGGGCCCCAGUCUGGUGGGGAGAGAGAUGUUGGGGGGGCAUCCAACUGUGGCCAGCCCAGCCCCCCCUGCUGUUCGGACAGCCCCACCACCCACUCUUGGUCUCUUUCCCCUAGGGUGGCCUCUCCACACCUUCAGCCUCAGCUGGACUGCCUACCUGGGGCACCUGUCUCCUUGCUCAUAGGGGGCUCUGCAAGCAGGGUCCCUUGGCUCCAUUGUCGCCCAACCCCGAGCUGCACCCUCAACCCUGGUUCUGCCUGACCCCACAGCCGGCAUUCACACCCAUGUCCAGCUCGGCGCCCGCGCUGGGCGCAUGCCAGACUGCAGGGACCUCAAGCUCCCGCUGAGAAGGAACUGCCCCACAGCGAGGCCUACACCAGCAGUCCUGCAGGCACUGAGUUAGCCACCUGACCUUCCCAGCCCCAGGACCCAAGCACAGCCAGAAGGUCAAGACCCAGGAGGCAGGAGGAUCCAGCCAAGCCCUGCACCUCCUUCCCAGGUGACUCAGAGACCCCACCAGCUCUGCCCACGCCCCCCCGCCCCCGCCACCCCAGGGCUGUGUUGGCAGUGACCGGAGCCUGUGAAGAGGAAGGCGCUGGUCAACGGCGAGAUUAGCAUGGAGCCGGGGAGUGAGGUGACCUUGGGCUGAGGGAGAGGCCCUGCGAAGGAAGGUGGACAGCGCCCGGGGUCUGGGGUCUGGGGUCUGAGGCCAAUAGGGCAGGAUCCAUCACUGUGCUCUGAGCCCAGCUCCUCGGCCAGCUCCUCAGGAAAGUGGGUCCAUGGGGUUCCUGGUGGGGACCCAGGGGACCCCUUGUCUGCUGGGGAUGGGGGCAGGGCCUCUGUGGAACCAGACGGUUGGGAAGAAAGUGCAUUUCGUCACAAGACCCUGACCAGGCCUAGUGUGUCCCAGCACCCAGGAUGGGACCCUGGGCUGGGUGGCACCUCCAGCUUCACUCCCAGAUGCUGACCCCGUGGCCAACUGGGCCCCAGAGGCGUUUCUUGCCCACAGUGGCGGGCGAAGGGGUCACGGCAUCAGGCAGGCACAUAAGGCCCCUGCACUCAGAGCCACGGUUCUAGCCCCCGCUCUGAUGAAAGACAACCCUGGUCUCACUUUGCUUCUGCGUUUCCCAUGUUAUACCUUCCAGGCGGCAAUGAAAUCCAGCGGGAAACCAGCAGCGCGCACGGCGCCAGCGUUGGGGACUGAAUCAUUCAGCGUUAAAUUAUUAAGUUUGCGUUUGAAGUUUCUGGGCAAGCCCAUGUGUGCCAAAAGUCCCUCCCAGCCCCUCCUGAGGGGCCUGCAGCCCCCUAUAAGACCCCACCCCAAAACUGAAGAGCAGCACCAACAACCCCUGAAGGUGCUUCCAGGGCCCGCUCCGGGCUGGAGCAGGAUGGUGCCCUGGGGUGCGGGAGCCACGGCUGGCCCUCCAUGGGACAGAUGGGACUGGCAGGUGCCAGGCCUCCCUGGAGGGAGCAAAGGGGUCCCUGGGAGGGGCUCCCAGGGAGGGCUGGGGCAGGGUGGCUGGCUCCUCUCUUUUGCCAUCUGGAGUGACUCGUGGAGGCUACAAAGGGGACUCUGGAUGGCAGGGGGUCCAAACCCAGCAUCCUAUGGUCUUUGGCAAACCUUGCUUUGGAUCAGGGGUUCUGGCUUUGAGGGGCCAGUCUGGAGGGUCAUGCAUUUCAAGAGCAUGCAGAGGGCUGGGCUGGGAGCUGUAUACCCGUGCUGCCGGCUGGCCAGGGUCCCACCGCCAGGCCUUGGCUGUGUCCAAACAUGCAUGUCCCAAAUGCUAACCUCUUGGUGGGAUACCCUUCCCAUCAUGCUGGCUCCCUGGAAUCCACCCCCCGCCCAGGACCACCGCCUCUGUGCCCUGACACCACCCUGGACUGCGCCCACAUCCAGGGGCCUUCUGGACUCACUCCUCGAUCUUCCUCAGCUAUUUAGGAAAACGCCGUAAAACACUGGAUCUCCAGAGCCCUGGGCUUCCCUGCCAGGAGAGACCCCACAAGUGGGGAGGGAGGGGACUUGCAGCUGCUUAUCCUACAGGCAGCCCCUCCCCACCAGAGUUCAGCUGACCUGGACCCUGGAGCGCCCCACCGGUGCAGACGCAGGCAGAGAAUUCCCCACCACACUUGGAUGUGUGUUCGGACCCUUGGAGGAGCCGCUGAGGAAUCAAAGCCAUCGUCAUGGAGUUCGUGAUGAAACAGGCCCUGGGAGGGGCCACAAAAGACAUGGGGAAGAUGCUUGGCGGUGACGAGGAGAAGGACCCCGAUGCAGCCAAGAAGGAGGAGGAGCGCCAGGAGGCCCUGCGGCAAGAAGAGGAGGAGCGCAAGGCCAAGUACGCCAAAAUGGAGGCUGAGCGUGAGGCCAUGCGUCAGGGCAUCCGAGACAAGUACGGCAUCAAGAAGAAGGAGGAACGCGAGGCUGAGGCCCAGGCCGCCAUGGAGGCCAAUUCGGAGGGCAGCCUGACGAGGCCCAAGAAGGCCAUCCCGCCGGGCUGUGGGGACGAGCCAGAGGAGGAAGACGAGAGCAUCCUGGACACGGUCAUCAAGUACCUGCCCGGGCCGCUGCAGGACAUGUUCAAGAAGUAACGACCCUGCGCUGGACGGCAGCCCGCCAGAGCCCGGAGCCCCCACCCCCCUCGCCGCCCCCGCCUACCUACCCCCUGUACAUGCCCUCCGCGGAGGCCCCUUGAAGGGAUGUCGGGAGCAGAGUGCAGCCCCCAACGCCAAUAUAAGCCAUAGUCCUAGAUCUAUCAGCCCCAUGCCCCCCUCAUACCUCGGGAGCCUGCGCACACCUCUCCCCCCCACCCCUCUCCCCGCACUGCCAUCGCCACCGCCACGGGGGAGGGGCGCCUGCCCCUCCCCCGGGCCCCUGCGGUCUGUGCUGCAGGCCCCGGGGACCAGCCCACGUGCUCCUCUGGGUUGGACCCUCCCCCAGAGCCUGGGACGUCCCUUACUGCUCCUGCCCUUCACACCCACCCAGCAGUGCCCAAGGCCAGGGCCACCGAAAGGGCCAGCAUCUUGACCACCCCUCGGUGCGCCAUUCCUGCGUUGGUGGGCGCUUGUCCGGUCCCAAACUCAGGAGCACAGCCAUAGUGGGGGGAAGGUGGGUGUGCAGGCUGGGAGGGGAACUGGGAGGGGCGAGCAGCCUCCCCCAUCCCCACAAUGACACCUGGGUAGCAGGAUCUCUGAAUCUUCCUGUCUGAAGGUUGCCCACCUCCACCUGCACCCCUCACAUUCAUUGUCCAUCUGUCUCUCCCUGUCCUUCACUCUCCCUUCUCGGCCCACUCCUCUGGAAGGCUUAGCUUCUUAGAAAUACCAGGACUGGGUUCUCUUCUAAACUAAGGGAAACAAAGCAAUAGGCCUAGGGGGAAACUUCCCAGACCACCCCCCGACCAGGGUGGAAUACACACAGACUCUCACACAUCCCUCUAACUCGUACCCCUCUGAGUCCGUGGGCCCAGCCCACUCCCCUCCCUGGUUGGCACCUCCAGUCUCACCAUCAUCGGAGGCUGCUCUGGAUGGGGGGUAUCCCCUGCCCUCACCCCCUGCACCCGCACACCCGCAAGGAGAUCUGGGAGGAGACGCAGAGCCCUCAGAUGAGUGCUGUGCGUCUGGAGACAGAAAGGCCGGCCUGCCCUCCCCCGAAGGGAGCAGGCCCCUCGAGGUGGGGACUGCCAGGUGGCCUGGCGCUCAGCGGAGGCGGAGUUUGACGGCAACCGCCGCGGGCCUCCCGAACCCUGAACCCUUACGUCUCCUUCGUCCUUGUUUUCCUUUGCAUCACGAUAUGUUGAAUCUCAGGUAAAUGAGGUCUUACGUGUUUGGGGAGUUUUAUCGUGACAGAAAGCCCGUUGCCUUGGUGCCCGGGGCCCCUUUCUGUCCAUAUCACAAAUUCAUUGUGUCCACGUGUUGCGGGCCAGGGGCGUGGCCCUCCGUCGCUCUUUAGAGAAGCCAUAUCAAUAGACCGCAAUAUGAACCGCGCACGCCCCCCGCUCCAAGACGUGAGAGCGUGUCCUGGCGCCCCGCGCCGCCUUGGUGCGCCCCGCGCGUCCCGCGCCCUCUCUGACUCCUCCUGGUCCCACGUCUUUUUUAAAUGCCUGUUUUCACACUUUGAAAAGCCAGCUCUGAGCAGACAGGGCGCUGUCUCGUAGAAACCCCGCAUCCCGUUCCCAGCGCAUGGGGCGCCCGGAGCAGCCGAGCUUAGCGUGAACUGUGGAUGUCGUCCGUCCUCCUGUCUUUGCGCCUGGGCCUCCUCCUGCAUGUCGGGGGCCGUCGCGUGUGUAGUCUCUGGAUGGAAUCACAGCCAAUAAAACACCACAGUGAUUUCACACCAUGUGGCCAUUCUCUCCAGAGUCCUGAUCCCGCCUUGGCAGCCAGAGGGCAGACUGGGGUCCUGGCAGGAGGGGCCGGACCCCGUUGGACAGGUCUCACUCUCUUCCACGCCCUGCCAGAUAGGGGGCACCUCCCCCUGUC